AUGCCGGAGAUCGUGGACGACAAGUCGCAGUACUGCAUUCCUUUCUUACUGGAACGCCUACGCGCCCAUGCUGAACGGCACCGCAAAGACGGCAAGUCCGGCGCCGAUACCCCGCCGUUCUUCCUAGGCCUCAAUGGCGUCCAGGGAGCCGGCAAAACGGUGCUGGUGUCCACCUUGCAAAACAUCCUCCGCUCCGAGCCAUACUCGCUUUCCGUCGUAACUUGGUCUUUGGACGAUAUCUACCUCACCCACGCCGACCAGGUUGCGCUAGCUCAGGCGAAUCCCACAAACCCGCUUCUGCAGCAUCGCGGUCAACCCUCGACGCACGAUUUGGUUCUGGGCGAGAAGGUCUUUGAGUCGCUGGCGGCGGAGCGUCCGACUGCCAUCCCGCAGUAUGAUAAAUCGGCGUUUUCCGGGCAAGGUGAUCGCGUGCCCAAGUCGCAAUGGGAAGUCGUCAAUAACGAAGGACAGCAGAAGAUCAAGGUUGUAAUUUUUGAGGGCUGGUGUGUUGGAUUCCGUCCGCGUGAUGAUGCCAUUUUACGCGCGAAAUGGGAGGAUGCAGUGCGCCAGAAGGAGAGCGGCGAUUAUCAAGGACGGCUAGGCCAUGUCAGAUUUGAAGACGUUCAGACUGUCAACGACGCAUUGAAGCGCUACAAUGCUCUGACCGACAAACUUGACGCAUUGAUUCAUAUUGAUGCUCAGAACCUUAGGUUCGUGUAUGAGUGGCGCCAGGAGCAGGAACGUACCCUCCGCACUGCCAAGGGCACCGGGAUGACUGAGGGGCAGGUCAAUCAGUUUGUGGACGGCUAUUAUCCCUCCUAUGAACUCUUUACUGACACCCUCCGGGAUGGCGUCUUCAAGCCGAGUGCCCAGAACUCGUCCAUGGCCUCAGAGUCUGACUGGCAGGGUAGACAGCUACGCCUGGUGGUCGAUCGGAAUAGAAGAGUCCAGGAGGUUAUUAACAUCUGA